AUGGUCUUGUUAACAAUGAUAGCAAGGGUUGCUGAUGGGCUACCUCUGUCAGCGUCUGUUCAAGAAGAUGAACAGUCAGGUAGAAAUCUUAUGGAGUACCAGACACAAGCCAAGCAACUGUUCCGGAAACUGUCCCAGGAUCCGAAUCCACCAACAAAAUGCAGCCUAGAUACAACAAAUUACAUGUUCCAUUAUAUGAUAGAGAGAGGAGUCUGUUACCUGGUCCUGUGUGAGAAAACUUUCUCUAAAAGAUUAGCCUUCUCCUACCUGGAAGACUUACAGAAUGAGUUCAAUUCCCAGUACGGUUCUAGGCUAGAUACGGUGUCUAGACCGUACUCUUUUAUAGAGUUUGACACAUACAUGCAGAAAGCUCGUAAAUCAUACAUGGACUCCAGGGCACGGCGUAACCUGGGCCAGAUAAACACAGAGCUACAGGAUGUCCAGAGGAUCAUGGUUCAGAACAUUGAUGAUGUGUUGAUGAGAGGCGAAGCAUUAUCAGUGCUUGACACCAAGGCCAGUAACUUGUCAGCCCAUUCUCUCAAGUACAAGAAAGAUGCGAAGUACCUCAACCUGCGUUCAUCGUACGCCAAAAUUGCUGCCGUCGUUAUUGUAGUCAUUCUUUUUCUGCUUUUCAUUCGCUACUGGAUUUUAUGA